UCCUUUUCUUUUGAGAGGAUGGCCUUUCUAAUGAAAAGUAUGUUGAGCAACCAGGUAAAGAAUUUGGGACUUGGAGGUGGAGGGGAAGAAAGCAAAGAAGAAAGCACUCCUUCUGAUCCAGCAGCAGCUGCAGGAAUGACCAGAGAGGAGUAUGAGGAAUAUCAAAAGCAAAUGGUUGAGGAGAAGAUGGAAAGAGAUGCAGCAUUUGCACAGAAAAAAGCAGAGCGAGCCGUUCUAAGGGUUCACCUGAGAGAAAAGUACAGACUGCCCAAGAGCGAAUUGGAUGAGAAUCAAAUACAGAUGGCUGGAGAUGAUGUGGGGUUGCCAGAAGACCUUCAGAAGAUGGUGGCAGAAGAUCAGGAGGAGGAAGAGGACAAGGACUCUAUCCUAGGCCAGCUGCAGAACAUCCAGAAUAUGGACAUGGAUGCCAUCAAAGAAAAGGCACAAGCCACCUUUACUGAGAUGAAACAGGCAGCUGAGCAGAAAUGUUCUGUGAUGUAGAAGAGCCACCACUGCCCAAGGGCUGUAACUUCAGUCUUGUGUUGCUGGGGCUGCAGAGGGAGAGCAGGCAGAGGGAUGCACAUAGCUUUGUAGCAUUCAGUGUAAAUAUAGAAAAGUGAUGAGAGAGAGACUUAAAACCCUGAGGGGAGAGUAAAAAUUUACCUGCUGGGACUGCCUAGAAGUUAGAACUGAUCCUCAGUUUUGAACAACUUUUUCCCCCAUGGAAAAAAUGUCUUUAAAGAAGUUAAUAUAGGGGGGAAAAUGUGCCUUUUUCCAUUUUUUCCAUGUGAUUGAGAUGCUAUUAAAUGUGUCUGUUUGAACAAAAUUGUACUUCUGAUACAUCACACAGAGGUAAUCGCUC